AUGGCUACAUUGCUGCAUUAUCAGCACUUUGAAAAUGACAUCGACAUUCCCUCUGACGGGCGGUGCAGACAGCGCCAGCGGCGGGUCAGGUGGCUCGGGCAUGGAGUGUCUCAACUGCGCUCACCACCCGGACCAUUUCAUUACCUCAUCUCGGAGCAGGCUAAGUCCCUCGUCGCUCUACAGGAACUCCAGAAUGAAGUCGGAGCUUUACUUGAGUUUCGCGACCUCGUCAUCGAGACAUUCCCUAACCUACGCUCCAAGAUGGCGCCGUCCACGCCUGCGAGCGGUACACGUCGCGACUGGGAGCCCGGGGUGCGCGUGCGUCGUAAACUUGCGGCAGGCGCAGGAGACGCUACGCGGGCCAAACCACAACCCUCCGUGCAGGAUUCCGGCUUCAGCACAGAGACUUCUUGCGGGAAAGACGCACAUUCCUCAUCGGCAUCAGCUUCUGCGUCAGCCACACGUUCAAGACCAAUUGAAGAUGAGCUCUGGGCUUUACUCGACGUCAUUCAAAGAAAAGGAGUACGGUUACGAGACGAAGCUGAACAAUUGCGCGGCGAGCUCGACGACCGGCACCCAGCGGACACCGUGGAGGAGUCGUUCACGCGGGCACUCAACGACACAGCGUGCGCCGACUGCGCUGACACCGGGCGGCUGCGCGCCGAGCGGGACGCGCUGCUCCUCCGCGCGGCGCAGCUGGAGGCGGCGGCGGCGGCGGCCGCCGUCACUCCGCCCGCGCCCGCGCCCAGCACUCCGCUCGGCCGCCUCGACACAGCACUGGAAACACCCUCGCGCCCACCGCGCGUCGCUACGCCUGACUCCAAGAAGUUCGCGGCGAUUCUCCUCGAGAGCAAUCCUGUCGAACUUCAGAGGCAGCUACUCACUUCCACCGUUCAAAAUCAGGUAUUGAGCGAACGCCUGAGACGCGCGGCCGCGCAGCGCACAGUGCUGUUAGAAAGACUGGAGCGAGCUCGAGACUUCAACGAAGACCUCAAAUUUAGGCUGGAGGAGAAAAGUAUCGAAUUAGAAGGAGCGCGUGCUCGCGUCCGACAGCUGGAGGGCAAGCGUCGCAGCCCCGCUCGGUCCGCUUCACCCGCGCGAGACCAUAGCAGCAUGCGAGACAUGGAGCCGCUACACAUGCCGGACGACGCGACUCCGACUGCCGCAUCGCCGACACGCCGCGCCGCCGGCCCAGUCGCAUCCCGCUGCACACGGCGCGGCCGACCCCGGCGCGGCCGCCGUCGGCGCACUCGGUGCGGUCGGCGCGCUCAGCGGCGUCGGCGCGAUCGGCGGGGUCGACGCUGGGCGGCGCGAGCGCGGGCGCGGGCCGCAAGGAGCGCGAACCCAAGAGCGGCGUGCCGGUGCGUCGCGCGGCGGCGCCCGACCCCAAGGUGCGCGCGCGCUCGUUCUGGAACGCGUGGUUCUUUCCGAAAGAUUCCGGCUCAUAGCAGAAACGAAGACGAGUCGGAGCGCUGGCGCGUGGCGGCGCUGGCGGCCGAGUACGUGGCGCGCGCAGACCGCCUGGCGCCGCUGUUCCCGCGCGCGCGCCCGCUGCCGGCCGGCCUGGCCCCCUACCCGGCCGGCCUGGCGCCCUACCCGCCCUACUCGCCCCACAACCUGGCGCUGGAGCUGUCGCGCUCCAUCCUGUACGAGCGCGCCGACUCGGUGGACGCCAAGCUGCGCUCGCUAGUGUCGCAGGUGUCUCACGUGUCGCCCGCGUCGCGCGACGACUCGCUGUGGAACGGUAAGCCGCAGCAAUACUUUGAGAGCAUGAACUACGGCGAGCGCCCGCCCUCGGACGACGAGGAGCCCAAGGAGUACGAUAGCGACUCGCUUGCGCCCUGAGCCCGCUCGUCCCACUCUGUGUCCUUGUAACUUCUCUAUUGAGUAUCAUUCCACGGUCGAGGGUUCUAUGAUGUCUCGAGUGAUCUGUGAUAUGUCACCGUUUUAAAUGUUAACUACCAUUUUUUGGAUCCUAUGCUCAUAUUACGUGACCUCUCGUUGGAGGAAUGAGAUUUAUUUUCCCCGUUAUAGAAACCUGUUUUGAAUCUAAUAUAUAAGUGUUAUGCAUGAUGUAAAAUUAAGAGUUAAUUUCGGUACUAUUAAUAUAAUUUAUAUCCGUGGCUUCAACUUUUAUGGUAUGAAGUCAAAUAGAUGUUUUGAUUCAUGAAAUGAUGGAUUUAAAUAUUUACUCACUAUAACUAUUAUUCGUAAUGGGUUGAUUUUAUAAGAAUUUAUUAUCAAUAAUUAAUUCGUUCCACUUUUCAUCAAAGUAUUACAUGAAAUGAUAUACCUACAAAAUAUGGUAGCUACUUUAAAAUUAAGUAACGUCAUUCCUAAAACCUAUAAGGACAGACUGUAAUUAUUUAAUGUAAUUGAGUGAGAGCUUGGAACGACUGUUAGAAAGGCUGUGAAACACUGAAGUGUGCUUGAAGUUGUUUCUGAUGUAAUCUAUAAAUUCAGAGGUAAUAAAAUGUAGUGCUUAGAUAAUGUGUGUUGCGGUUUAAACAUACUAUUGUUAAACAUAUUCCAAUCGUCCAGUGGUGUACGUCCUAAUGAGACAAAGCGUGACUGCCUUUGAGUUAUAAGAUUACUAUGUUAAUUCCUUUUACUAGUAUACAUUUCAUACGGCGGACUUAACAAAUAGUAGGAGACUGAUUUUGUAUAAAUAAAAAUUAGAAAUGCUUUACCUGUGUAGGGAACCUCCAUAUAAUUGACCGUAAUUUAGUAUUUCUUUCUCUGUUUUAAGAAUAAUGUGUAAAAUUGUACUAUCAAUUAAGCUCUUAAAGAAUUAUACUAAUAAAUAAUAAUAUACCAAUUCUAUAAUGUAAAUGGCUGUAUUUUAUGUAAUUAAGAAUUUGUGGCUAGAUUAAUUAUUUAAGUCGACUGUUUAAUUGUACAGCAUUCGAUUAUACUAUUAGAAUUUGUAAAUUAUUAAGCCAUUACCUACCUAUAAUUAAGAUACUCAUAAAUCUAUCUAGUUAGCUUGAAUCUAGUUGAUGACUUAUGUAAAGUGUACAGAGAUCAUAUCAUUAUAUACAGAUCGUAAAUAAAAUUGUUCAUAUCAAUAACAUCUUUCAUUUAAAACCAAAAUUCAACUUAUUACUGUUUUAUUACCACUAAUCAAUAAAUAGUAUUACAAUGAGUAACAUCAAUAGUGAAAAAAUCAACGAAAUGACAAAUUAUGGACUUAGAAUUGAUCACUGGAACUAGUCAAUUUUGGUCCCAGAGUAACAUCAAUUAUCUCGAGUGUAUCCAGAUUCUUGGUAACGUUAACGAAGCCAUGUUGUUUUAGUUCUGGAAAAUGUUAUAUUUUUUGCAUUACCUCGAAAGAUUUUCCAAAAUGUAUUUAGGGAAAAAAUAGAAUAAGUACUUACUGAGUAUAGACGUAAAACAUCGCGCGGCUAUGACACCUUUGUAACCGGAUAUAACGGGACCCUUAUCAAGGAGGCUCUUCACCGUAACUGGUUGGAGAUUUGCCUUAAUGUGUUUCAUUAUUUUGAUCAUUGUGCCCUCUGUGCCCCAUUGGUCGCUGUAACAGAUAACUUGGUCAUACAAUCUAUUUAUCCUGCACAAAAGUAACUGGAUAUUAUUUCGUAAGUUAUGUUAUAAACCCACAUGACUCACACUGAUACGCACUCAUGACACUUACAAACUAUUUGAACGAAUAAGACCAAAUACGUUUUGCGUCGGCUUUUUAAGAAUCUACUUGACAUCUAAUUAUUGCAAUCUGCUUACCGUAUAAAUCUUUUCGAGUCUGUAGUCUGUUCUGAAUCGCCGAGCGACACCUUCGUCCUGUCGAGACUGCCUAAAGGAGUUUCAGAACGUUCACUCCCAGUCACACGAGCUCUUCCUUGUGAAGCAGUCGUUCGUUGAAUUUGUGAGUGAACCUCGACCUCGACUAUUAUAGGUUGUUGUGGAAUAUCAGCUAAGCCAGCUUCUUGUAACUUUGAAGAUAGUAUCAAUUCAGCAUCUUGAGGCGGUUCCGGUAUAGGCGGCAUAAUAUUUUCCUUAUUUGUCUCUGCUUCUGUAACAUUAGACUUAAUAAGUAGAGUUCACGUCCACGCGCUUUAUCUAAAUAUUCUUAGCAAGAAAAUUAAUUACCUGCGUUAAUAUCUGCUAAAUCUUUAGCCAGCUGGCUUUCCCGGAAUGAUUUGUAACCCAUGGAGCGUUGAUGUUUUGGCUAAAAGAAAAAUAAUUUAAUUAAAAUAGUAAUAAUAAAUACAGAUUAUUAUGCUUGUUUUAUGCUAAACUUUUUUGAAAGUGCGCUCUGAUUUAGCCUAGGUGCCUAUUGCCAUGAGGUCUUAUUAGAUUAAAAAACAAACUACUUACGCUUCCAAACAUUUCUGGCUCUGCUGUCCUUUUGCGCGCUUGCGAUAGUGUCUCUACUUUUUGAGUUGGUAUAUCUGCAAUGUCUAUGUCAACUUGUGCGCUCACACGUGGUGGAUCAGAAAUUUUGAACGUUUCCGUAGUCACAUUCGCUUCAGGAAUGGGUGGUUCCACUUGUAUUUCAGGCCUUUCUUGAACAACAGUAGCCUCUUGCUCCUCUUCUAUUAUGUCUAGCAUUGUCCUUUUUGUAGUACGACGAGAACGUCUCCUUACGGCUUCAGCUUGCUACAGUUU